AUGUUAUCUCUGGCAUCUAACGUCAAGAGUUUGGUAGUUUUAUUAAUGAUGCGUUCAGUAGAUUAAAACUAAUCCAUCUUCAACCAAUAUUCCAUUAGGGCACUGUUGAAAGACAAAAAUGUGGAAAAUAUGUAUCCAAGCCAGAUUUGUUCUGAGCAAUACCCACAUGACAAUGUUUUGAGUGAUUCUAGCCCGUUUGUUUUCAGAAUUAAGAUUCGGAAGUCGGAAUGAAGCAUUAUUUCACCAAGGAGAAAAUUGAGGACAUUACCUGGAGGCAUAAAUACGUCCAAAGUGCCAGCUAGUUAGCAUAAAAAUAAAGUGGUAGGUCAAGUUAAAACAGUGUCAAGCAAAAUACUAAAAUCAAGUAAUUGGAAAAUGUAGAGUUACACUAUUUUGUUAUAAACUUUGGUACAUGUGUUUGGUCACGAACAAUAUAAUUACAAGGUAAUGGGAAAUCAAUAAUAAUGUGCACUGAAUGGAAGACUGUUUUCUACAUGUAGACAUUAUCGAAUCAAAUAUUGGCAUUUAAUACUUUCUUAAUGUCAUGCAAAUAAAUGCGCAUGCGCUAAUCAGUGGAUUCGUUGCCCGGAAUGAAUUUGAAGACGGACUCGCGCAUGCGCGGAUGUCUGGGGGAGGGGCCAGUUUCAAAACACGUAAAUUCUUAAAUAAAAUCGUUACUUUGUAAGUAUGGUGUUUAGGAGGCAAAAUUGUUGUGCAGAAUUCCACAUUUUGUGUUGUGAUGCAUAAUGUAAAUGUGUGUGAAUGAUACUACAAUGAAUGGGUUGAAGUUAUCUCUUGUUUUCUUCAUCAUGUGGGGUUGCCUCUAUGAAGUGGUUGCGAAACCGUUUCCAUGGAAAUUCUUCCAUGUGAGUAGGCGUAGAGUGCUGCAGGAGCCAAGAAGACAAGAGGCAGAAGAUGCAUCAUGCUGUCGACUGUAGGAUUCAACACAAUGGUUGCGGCAACAACGCGAUCUCUGCAUGUUACGGCAUCUCAGAAGGAUCCAGUGAUGAGGACGAUUACAACGUGCCUGUUGACUGUGAGGAUUGCAUGUGCUGCGUGUGUGGAGAGCACUUCUCCUUCCUGGAUCAGCUGAUGGAACACCUUAAGACACACAAAGGCCAGUUGUUUUGUCAUCUAUGUACGGCAGAUUUCGACCGGGCUGUUUCACUGGCGUUACACCUAAAGAACGCACAUCCAAAGUACCACCUCUGUUGUACAGUCUGCCACGUUUCUUUUAAGAGCACGUGGCAUCUGAAUGAACAUCUGGAAAAGAAUUACCAGGAAGCGACAAAACAUGAGGAGAAAAUGAAUGCUAAGCCUUUAGUUAAGAUUAAAGAGACGGAAAAUGGUGUUGUUGAAAAGUACGUAAUGGGCAAUAGUAGGGACAAUGUAUUUUUGCUUGAUCAUUCAUAUUGUGUUCCUGUACGUCAUACUGUGUCUAUGGAAUCCUCUAGAAAAUGGAAACUUAUUAAAGAAUGGCAACCCCAAGUUAUUAAAGAACAACAACCCCGAAUCCACUCCCCCAGCACUUCAUGUUCCUCAUCUGGGCUGUGCUCCGAUGACGACCCGAGCUCGGAAUUUUCUUCGUCCACCUCACACCAAUUACAGCCGCACUUCGAUGAGGAGUAUGUGAUACCUGGAGACGGUGAAAGUACUGAUUCCGAUGAAGACGACAGUGACGCACUACCACCCACAGACACUGAAUACUGCCCCGAUGAGGACCGGAGUUCAGACUCGCAAUCUUCUACAGGUUCCAACACUCUUGACUCGAAGAGUAACUUAUGCAACCAUCAUCGAAAAACAGAGAUAAAGAAAGAAAUUGAUUCUGAAAUUAAAUCAUCUUUUGCAAAUCACAGUGUGAAUCCUGCGUCGUCAACCUGUGGAGCAAAAAUGGAUUUUCAGACCGAUUCUCCUAAAAGCAAAGUUGCGAUUAAGGAGGAGAUUGUGGACGGUUGUGAGGAAAAGCCUUUCGUUUGUUGUAUGUGCAAUGCGGCGUGUAGAAAUAAAGAAGUAAUGCUCAAACACAUCGGGGAAAAACAUCCCACAGCAGUUUAUAUCUGUUCACGCUGCCUUGAUGCCUUCACUCAACAGAACACUUUCCAAAAACAUGUCUGUUGGAAGAGACCCACAAGCCAAAUGAAGAUUUUGCUAGCCACCAAAGUACCACAGUUACCCGUCUUGAAUUUAUCUCAUGAUGACGAUCAGAGAACAACAUCCGCCCCUGUGCUAAGCCCUAAAUCUGUUGAUAUCCAAAUGAUUCCUCAACUGCUUCCUCAGUCUUUGACAAAUGCAGUAGCCCCACUAAAUUCCACCAAUACCUCGCAGAAAAUAACCUCAGUAAUCCCCACUGUGAUACCUGUUAGUCAGACUGUAACAACACCUCCACAAACAACUAUUCCAACGCAGACCAUGCCAGUGGGCAACGUUUCUCCUUCAGGCCCCGCUAAGUUAACUGAAUCACAUCCACAAGCGAUAACUGUACCGCAAACUCCUGUCAAGCCUCCUAGUGUUUCGGUUGCUUGCCCUUAUGUUCCUGUUUGUUCACCCCCAAUACAGCGUCCUUCGCCUCCCAACCAAACCAGGAUGACCCUUCGGAUUCCCACACCUUUCAAUCCAUCUCCGCAAACACAGAACAGAGUAAUUGUGUCUUUUUCACCCACUGUAAAUCGCUCAGCACCCAUUCUAGCACCAGCCAAUAGUAAUAAGUCCAUUCCCGCUCCAAGACAGACAUUUGCAGGUAAUAUUAGACCUCUUCAUUUAGUUGGACCUGUUCACUUACCCGGGAAUGUCAGACCUGUUCUGUUACCCGGGAAUGCCAGGCCUUUUCAGUUGUCCGGGAACGUCAGACCUGUUCAGUUGUCCGGGAACGUCAGACCUGUUCAGUUGUCCGGGAACGUCAGACCUGUUCAGUUGUCCGGGAACGUCAGACCUGCUCAGUUACCCGCGAACGUCAGACCUGUUCAGUUGUCCGGGAACGUCAGACCUGCUCAGUUACCCGAGAACGUCAGACCUGUUCAGUUGUCCGGGAACGUCAGACCUGUUCAGUUGUCCGGGAACGUCAGACCUGUUCAGUUGUCCGGGAACGUCAGACCUGUUCAGUUACCCGCGAACGUCAGACCUGUUCAGCUACCCGGGAGCGUGAAACCUGUUCAGUUGUCCGGGAACGUCAGACCUGUUCAGUUGUCCGGGAACGUCAGACCUGUUCAGUUGUCCGCGAACGUCAGACCUGUUCAGUUGUCCGGGAACGUCAGACCUGCUCAGUUACCCGGGAACGUCAGACCUGUUCAGUUGUCCGGGAACAUCAGACCUGUUCAGUUGUCCGGGAACGUCAGACCUGUUGAGUUGUCCGGGAACGUCAGACCUGUUCAGUUGUCCGGGAACGUCGGACCUGUUCAGCUACCUGGGAGCGUGAAACCUGUUCAGGUACUCGGUAACGCCAGACCUCUUCUUCAAUUUUUAGGAAAUGUCCAACCCUACCAAUUUCCUGCAAACAUCAGCCCCAUUCUUAUACCUGGAAAUGCCUCCGUCCCCUUAGCGUCCUGUCCCACCCUCGUAAGUGCCAUUCUACGGAAAAACCCGGCUCACACAUCUCCUGCACCUGGCCUGCCUCAAACAGGGGGCAUGUUUGAGAACAAAAGCAGUGAUAUAGCUCUUCAGAAACGACUCAAGCAAACCUGGAGCUCUAAGCCCAUCUUCCCUUGUCGUCAAUGUGGUGCCAUCUCAAGGCAGCCAUCACUGAGGGUACGUCAUCGAUACUUACACCGGGGCUCACGGUUAUAUAGAUGUCAGUGCGGGAGGUCAUUUCAAUGGCAGAUACAUUUACUGAGGCACCAGGUACAGCAUGCGGAGGCCGUCCGGUUUGUUUGUGCAUGCUGUGGAAGAACGUUCGACGGGGCACAUAAAUUGACCCAGCACAAACAGUCACGGUUAAUACAUAGACAAUAUUCAAAGACAAAAUGCAUAGAAGCCUUUGAGUGUACCUGCGGCCGGGUGUUUAAAAGACCCUCUGUUCUACUGUGGCAUGUGCUUAAAAAUACUAAACCCCGACAAAACACAUUAAUUGAACCAGUCACUGCUGUAUAAACCAAAGGAGAACUUCUGAAGGUUUAUUAUUGUAUAUUUUAUUUGGGGUUUAUUUGUUUUUUUACUUUUGUACAAUGUAACGAUCUUGGUGUUGGUGGUUCUUUUUGUUAAAAGGAAAAUACAGAGGGUGAAAGACAAAUCAGUAAUGCGUGAACAGUAGCACAUUAACGCCAAUGUUAAGUUUCAGAUGCACUGGAAUUUGAUGUUACCGUUUAUAGUAUCUGCAGUCGUUGAGAAUUUAAAAUCUUGCAGAGAUGUUAUGUUAAUGAUCGCAAACAUAGAAAAUGUAAUACAAUGUGUUCUGAGUUUUUCAUUCAUGUGAAUUGUGAACUAUAAUAGUUCAAUUUAAGGGGUCUGUGUCAAAGAGUACAAAUCUGAUUGAUUAUAAUAAAUGUGUAAAACACAAAUAUACAGAGAAAUUAAACUCUUUUUUUUUUUUUUGCUUUAAUAGUUCUAGUUUCAUAUAACACACGAAGUUCUGCUAACAUGAGAUGUCUUUAUUAAAAUGUGCAAAAAUAA